UUGCACCGACUUAUCAGUGAAACGUUGUCCCUCGCAGUGGACAGAUCUCUGACACGGAAUGAACGGCUUGACGAAAAAAAAAAUUUUUUUCUCUUCACAUUCGAUCGGGUUUUUUUUUUUCUGUUCACGAGUGGUUCUCCUCAUAGCUGAGGUUUUCUUUAACUGAGAUAUCCGGAUAUUAGAAAAUUUUCAAUCGCCACCACUGCAGGAUCGACGAUCUAAAUUAUUUUUUUUAUUUUUUUUGUGAAAAUUUCAACGAGUUUUAUUUAUUCCGUCUGCGCGAAACGACUGAAAUAAAAUUUUUUUUUUUUAUGACUAACUCGUUGAAAAUCUUUCUCCGAAACGGCGAAUAUUUUUACGAAACUAUCGUUACGUUUCACGCGAAUCAGUGACGUUGAGAGAAAGAGAGAGAGAGAGAGAGAGAGAAGAAAAAAGACUAAAAACGGAAAACGAAAAAUUUUCAAUAAAAAAACAACGACAUUUUUUUCCCACCGAAGAAGAAAGAAAGGACCUUCUUUAUUUGAACAAAAUAAAACACGCUGGCUAAAAUUUUUUGCACCGAAUUCUCACCAUUCUGGUGGCACGAUUUCUGCAGAUUGGAGCCGUCAAAUAUUUUCUCGGUAUCGUUGCUGAGGCCUAUCUGGUCAAUUGGCAUAAGAUACUCAUCGCACGACUCCCUGCAAUUUCCACUUCGAAAUGGUUGCUUUUCCGGAUACGGACGACGAGCCCAAACUGCUGAGUGUCGCAAGUCUGCCAGAUCUAAACCCGAGAUCCUACAACGUGAACCCGGCUGACGUUGAACGGAACGGAAUCACAUCGAUGCUAAAAAGUAAUGACAAAAUGAACAACAACGAUUUUUUCCACGUAAACGAGGACGCGGCUGGUAUUCCGUUCGGCGACGACAGGUCGCGCGAGCGAACCGACGUCAACGAAAAAUGUUCCGAAUUUUCGAACUACCUACUCAAAACCGAUCAGAUCAUCGCCAAGAAGGUGGCAGCGUCCAUCAAGGCGCCGGCCGACCUCUACAACUCCCAAAACAACCUGUCACCCCCCAGUCCGGGGGGCGGAUCGUUGUCCAGCGGCACCUCGAUCGUAACGAUAUCGUCGAUCACGUUGACCACCGAUCCGGAUCCGGACUACCCCGGCGGAUCGCCAGCUUCCGAAAACGACGCCAAGUUGGCGAAGGACGAGAAAUGGUACACGACGACCCUGCAAAUUUCCGUUCCAUUUUUCAUCGCUGGAAUCGGGACCAUAGGUGCCGGACUGAUAUUGGCCACUGUCCAGAAUUGGCCGGUCUUCGUCGCCGUCAGUGAACUAUUUAUCCUGGUACCGGCGUUGCUCGGUUUGAAGGGAAAUCUCGACAUGUGUCUGGCGUCCCGACUCAGCACCCAGGCGAAUCUCGGGAACAUGACGAGCGUCAGGGAGAUCGUGAAGAUGGUGAUCGGGAACGUUGUCCUCGUACAAAUUCAGGCUAUAGUAGCGGCGAUUCUGGUCUCCGUGUUCGCCCUCACCGUUGGCUCGGUUAUGCAAGGACAGUUCGUCUGGAAUCACGCUUUGCUAUUAACCACGGCGGGGAUCUGCACGGCGACGAGUUCCUGCUUCGUGCUAGACUUCGUCAUGAUAGCCGUGAUCAUGGCUUCUCAUCGUUGUAAAAUGAAUCCGGAUAAUUUAGCGACGCCGUUGGCAGCGUCGGUCGGCGACGUGGUUUCCAUCAGCGUGUUGUCCGCGAUAGCGUCCGGACUCUUCGUACGAAUCGACGAUCAAAUUUGGAUCCUCUACGUCAUACUGGGCGGUUAUCUAUGCCUCCUUCCCGUCUGGAUUUGGAUAGUAAUGAAAAAUAAAUACACGAGAAAUGUGCUCACCUCCGGAUGGACGCCAGUUUUAUCCGCACUUUUCAUCAGCGGCCUCGGUGGUCUGGUGCUCGAUCAGGCGGUAGGAAUUUUCGACGGAUUCGUGAUAUUCCAACCGAUCAUCAACGGUAUCGGCGGUAAUCUAGUCUCAGUUCAAGCUUCAAGAAUCUCAACUAUGUUGCACCAAACUUCCCUGAUGGGAAUCUUACCACCCCACGGAAAAAUCUGGGUAUCACCUUGGACCGCGUUGUUCAGAGGAGUUCCCUACGCUAAAACCGCACGGAUUCUCAUCGGAAUGGCGCUACCCGGUCACCUGAUUUUCAUAUUCUUAGCCGACUAUAUAAAAUGGGGUUCCUCGACGCUGCACGUUUAUUUCGUCGCGUCGUAUCUCACGGUUGCCGUGUUGCAGAUAAUGCUGCUGUUGUACAUCGCCCACAUCAUAAUCCACGCGAUGUGGCGUUUCAAAAUAGAUCCGGACAAUUCAGCGAUUCCGUAUCUGACGGCGCUCGGCGAUCUCACCGGUUCGAUUUUUUUGGCCGGAGCGUUUCUGAUGCUCAGAUCGUUCGGCCAGGAAUACGGCGGCGAUUGAACCCCGAAAAAAAAAAACAAAAAAACAAGAGGAAUUAACAGAAGCGAUUUAAACACGGAUACUUUUAUACUUUAAAAAAGUUGCAGAGAUCCUCCGAUUGUGUCUACGCGCUAAUCCAUUGGAUCCCGUGCGAUUCUUUUUUAUGGGAUUGAACGAAUUCCCGAUCGACCUGCGAUUCAGUUUUAUUUACGUUGGAUUAUUUUGUCGUCGUUAUUAUUUUCGAUCGUUCGAUCGGAGAGGAGCGACGAAUUUUCUCGGCGUACGAAUUUCGUGACGAUUUGUAACGGUCGUUCGUAUUUCCAUGAAGCGACGGGAAUUUUUUUCUCCAUACUUUUAAUCGGAAAUUUUGGUCGACAGAGACGCGACCAUAUUAUAUAUAUAUAUUCUCAUUUCGUGAAUCUUUCGACAACUUUCUUUUUUUUUUCUGUUGUUUUUUAAUCCGCAACGAUUCAUAUUCUCGUCAUUGACGAUAUUUGUGUAUAGAAUUAUUUUACCGAUGCGUUGUCGAUUUUAAUAAAAAAAAAUUUUCUUCCAUUUUUAGAUUCGUAGAAAAAAAAAUACUAUCGACCGUUCGUAACGUAGGAGAAAAAAGAACGGACGAUAAUUGAUUUGAAAAAAAAAAAAAAAAACUGUGCAUUGAUUGAAUAAUAUUUUGAAUUGAUUCAGGUUGAUGCUAGUCGAAAUAUUAUUAUAUUAUACAAUAGGAAUUCACGUAAAUAUGUAUUAUAAUUAGACGAAUUUUGAUCCAAAGAUAUAUCGUAGGUAUUAUAGGUAUAGUUUCUGUCUUUGUCGUACAAAUUUGUACCGAUUUUAGAUGAAACGUGAGGUGAAAAGUUCUUUUCUUUUUUUUUUUUUUUUUUUUUCAUAGAAAACCCAUCGCUGUAUAACAGAUCUCUAAUUUUAACGGAAUGAAGAUAGAAAAAAAAGAAAAGAAAAAUAAAUUAAAUAGAAAAAUUAUUCGGGAAGUUUUUUCUAUUAUCGGUUCGAUAUUAUGAUAAAACACAUCCCGAAUACAUAGAGUACACGUAUAUAAUUUUUAGAUGUUAGUUAAUUUCUUUUAUCAUAAAAAUACCUCGAUGUGAAUAACGUUUGUCGAGAGGAAUAUAAUAUAACAAUUUUAGGAUUUUUUUCUUUUCUUCGACACUUUACGAAAACCAAGAAAAAAAUAUCCGCACAUACCUCCGUUUAUAUUUGUAAAAACCAAUUAUUUAUUAACUUGUAAAUUGGACUCAUCGUCAGCGUGGAGAGAUGAUGUUUUUUGAAUAAAUUUUCGGCAUCAUUUCUCACCGACAAUAAUUAAUCGUGCGAGCGCCUAAUUUAUGUUUCAACCGUUCGAAUAAAAAAGAUAACCAUA